AUAGACUAAUUUCCGGGGUUUCGGUUAUAGCAUAAACUUCACUUUAUUUCUUUUUUAUAAAAAGAAAACCAUAGAUUAUCGCUAUCUUAUAUCUUAUUCCGGGUCUCAAGAUUCAACUGUGAGGAAGAAAAAGGUCUCCAAACACAUAGAAGCACGUGUAUGUAUGUAUUGUGCAAGUCAUAGUAUUCAACGUUAACACCACUGACUCACUUAUAAAAGGCGCUUUAACACCAAACGGAGUCUCUCUAUCAAAAAAAGCUACCUAGAGCUUGCACCUAUUGGUAUCUUCUACAAUAUCCUAAAGUGUUUUUCUUCUUCUUCAUCACCAUGUCUUUACUUUCAGACCUCAUCAACCUCAAUCUCUCAGAAUCCACAGAAAAGAUCAUUGCUGAGUACAUAUGGGUUGGUGGAUCUGGUAUGGACCUCAGAAGCAAAGCCAGGACUCUUCCUGGGCCAGUGAGUGACCCUGCAAAACUUCCGAAGUGGAACUAUGAUGGGUCUAGCACAGAUCAAGCUCCAGGGGAUGACAGUGAAGUCAUUCUAUACCCACAAGCUAUUUUCAAGGACCCCUUUAGGAGAGGAAACAAUAUUCUUGUCAUUUGUGAUGUGUACACCCCAGCUGGUGAGCCACUUCCAACCAACAAGAGGUAUGGUGCUGCCAAAAUUUUCAGUCACCCUGAUGUUGCUGCUGAGGAACCAUGGUAUGGUAUUGAGCAAGAGUAUACCUUAUUGCAGAAAGAUGUAAAUUGGCCACUUGGGUGGCCCCUUGGUGGGUUUCCUGGACCACAGGGCCCAUACUACUGUGGAAUUGGUGCUGAUAAAGCCUAUGGCCGUGAUAUUGUAGAUGCACAUUACAAAGCUUGUAUUUAUGCUGGCAUUAACAUUAGUGGCAUCAAUGGAGAGGUUAUGCCUGGCCAGUGGGAAUUUCAAGUUGGUCCUUCUGUUGGUAUCUCUGCUGGAGAUGAGGUGUGGGCUGCUCGCUACAUUUUGGAGAGGAUUACAGAGAUAGCUGGAGCAAUUGUUUCAUUUGAUCCCAAGCCUAUUCCGGGAGAUUGGAAUGGAGCUGGAGCUCACUCAAACUACAGCACCAAGUCCAUGAGAGAAGAGGGUGGUUAUGAGGUGAUCAAGAAGGCCAUUGAAAAGCUUGGAUUGAGGCACAAGGAGCACAUCGCAGCAUAUGGAGAAGGCAACGAGAGACGUCUCACGGGAAGACAUGAAACUGCAGACAUCAACACCUUCUCUUGGGGUGUGGCAAACCGUGGAAGCUCCAUUAGAGUUGGAAGAGACACAGAGAAAAAUGGCAAAGGUUACUUCGAGGACAGAAGGCCUGCUUCUAAUAUGGAUCCCUAUGUAGUCACCUCCAUGAUCGCAGAGACUACCAUCCUCUGGAAACCAUGAAAACACAGUCAUAUGUCUCUAGAUUUGGACCACUUAAAAUUGUGUGUUCAAUAGUCAUUUGAUCUAAAAUUUUAUAUUUGCAAGGUGUUGUUUAGUUAGGAAUUGCCAAGUGGUCUUUUGAGCCUCCAUGUACCAUGUGUAUGGUAGAGAAUAAUCUCUUCAUUAAUAACAAGAAUUGCUUCUUGAUUUCACUUUUUA